CAACUAUUGAAAUAUAAUUAUACUUUGUUUGAUCUAAUCCAUAAUGUCCAGACUUUUUACUGAUAUUAACUCAACUGACGGUCUUCCCAUUAAAAACUGCCAACAAACUCACACAUUUCUAUCAAGCUAAAUCUCGAUUUAUGAACCAUCGAAUUUUUGACAUCAGUUGCCUGAAAAAUGGGAUUAUUCCUGUAUACAUGAUAUUAAAAUCACCGAUAUCUACUAAUAAAGCAAAUGCAGCGAUAAUACAUGCCUCAAAAGUAUGCAUCAAAGAAAACCUACGUGGAAUUAUACGAAAACUCUUCACAAUAAGGAAAGAUAUUAAUAAAAUAAAAGAAAAAUUGAGGGGAGCAAUUGAGAAGGAAAAGUAUGAAAGCAUACCAGAAGUUGCACAAAAGCGAAAAGAAACUACCUAUCAAGAAACAAUUAAAAAAGUUUAAUCAACUCAUGACAGCGAAAGCCCCGAAUGACAGACAAGUAACUAAAGCCAAUUGGAUUUUAAACUUGUCAGACAGAAAG